UUCUGAGAAGACAGCUUAUUUAUUCUCGAUUACAUGCAAGAAUAGCGGAACCGCCCAUAAAUGAAUACCGCUGUGAGCGGGAACGAUGGCGACUCAUUCACUGGCGCCUCGGAGUCGGAUCAAAUGCGACCAUACAUGGGAUAGCUGACUCCAAGGUCGCCCUUGGCAUUUUGACGUUUUUAACAGCAUGUUGGAUGCCAUUCCUGCGGCUGUCCUCGACCCCACAUAAUUUGAGUCCUCACGACUGCACUGAGUGCUAUUAUGUCCUCACAACGAACACGUACGACUGAAGAAGCAGUGCGAGCGAGCAGCAUUCGUCCCCUCGUAGAAACAUCCGGUGUACUCAAGCGACUGGGGCUUAGCGGACGCUCAGAGGAAGACGAGCGCGAGAUUGAUGUCCCUCCUCCCAGAAAACGCACGCAGAGGGAGCAAGAUAAGGAAGACGAGAAGGCUCGCAAGCGUGCAAUGAAUAACCUCGUGAACUCGUGGCAGGAGCGACUGCAGCUCAUCAGUGUAAUUACGACAUUCUUUGCAUCCAUAGAAGCAGGGAUGUUGGUGCCGGUGAAUACUGAUCCGAACGCAGCGUAUGCCUCGCCAGGUCUCCUUAAAACUGCGAAUGCAGGAUUUUUGGGUGCAUUGAUCAUGCACGUUUACGCGGCUGUCCUAUCAUUCCUGGCAGCCUUCCUUUUGAUCCGAUAUAAACUGAAAGAAGCCUCAAACGAAGAACUAUUCGCAGAAGGCAGAGCUAAGGGAUUUAACAUUGUGGCGUCUCCGGUGAAUGGUUCAUUCCAAGUCAAAGACAUCGAGAAAGAUGCGCAAGACAACGACUCCCAGAUACCUGACUUGGAGAACAACAAAGACACCAAAUACGACCCCCCAGCACUGCAGCGGGUGGGAUCAACACCUGCAGAGCCUCCUAUAUUUGCCAGGGAUCCACAUCUGGAGCAGGUCGGCUUUUGGAGUCCUACAAUUUCAUCGCAUCUACUGAGUCGCGUGCACACAUUGUGCAUUCUCCUCGCUGUGGUUGGGUUUAUGCUUGCGAUCAUGGGUGUCAUGACAUACGCGUGGGCGCUGCAAUCAAAGGAGGUCAGCAUUUUUGUGACUGUGUGUUUCGGGGCCGCUGUCUUUGGGAUGGGGUUGCUUUUCCUCCCUGAUCCCUAGGAGUUGAGGACAACUCACCACUACCCAUUUCAUUCUUGAAUUCUGCUUCCCUCAUAAGCUUACUAUACCUCUCCGUACGUGUCAUAUCCAUAAUCCUCGUACAUAAUGAUUCUUCUUACAUACAUGCUAUCAAGUUAUCUCGCAAUAAUUAGGUUUUUCUCAGAAACAUUGUCUGCAACUGAUAUCAUUUACGAAUCGUUCAUAACUUCACCUUGAACGCUAUUUAUGUAUGGAUUCGGCACUUGCAUGAUUCCGCAUGCGCAGCUCGGCCGACAACACACCC